AUGCAGAUGCCAGAUAUGCCCAUCAAUGUCGAAGUCGACCCCAAUGAAGACACAGAAUGGAAUGACAUCCUGCGCAGCAAGGGCAUCAUCCCCGAGAAGCCCCCUUCGCCUACACCCAUGAUCGAGGAGGCACUUAACGAAGCACGCCGCCUUGCACAUGAAAACCGAUUAGAAGGGAAGGAGCUAGACGAGCUCGCCGAGCUCGAAGACGAGGAAGAUGAAGACUUCCUCGAGAUCUACCGCCAAAAGCGCAUGAACGAACUCUCCGCCAUAACCUCUGCCAGCAUCUACAACCAAGUCUACCACGUGCAGAAACCCGACUACUCGCGCGACGUCACCGACGCCUCACAAAAAGCCUGGAUCCUGGUCCUCCUCACCUCCUCCACCGGCACAAACACCGAAUCGCGCGUCGCAUCCGAGUCCUGGACGCUCCUGGCGCAGCGCUUCGGCGACGUCAAGUUCUGCACCAUGCGCGCCGACUUGUGCAUCGAGGGGUAUCCCGACCGCAACACGCCGACCGUGCUGGUGUACAAGGACGGCGAUAUCAAGAAGCAGAUUGUCACGCUCAGGGAGCUAGGUGGUGUGCGAGCAAAGGUUGAGGAUUGGGAGAAGGUGCUGGUGGACUUGGGGGCGGUGAAGAUUGGGGAUUCGCGGUUGAGUCGGAGGCCGGGGCAGGAGGAGGAGGAGAAGACGACGGGGAUACGGCAGGGGAAGACAAUGGUGCAGGCCGAUGAUGAUAGUGAUUGGGAUUGA